AUGCUCAUUCUUUGCCAGGAUCCUACGGAAGUAGGUCAAUUGUGGGAAACUCGUAGUUACGCCUCAUUUUGUGAUGCUGUUGCUCUAGACGAGAAAGACAUAGAUGGGGAUGAUGGGAAUGAUGGUAGUGAUAAAGGUCAUGGUGUAACGCUCCACAAGUUGGAGCUGAUAAUCUUGACCACCCCGGCGCUGGUGGGCAUCUGCCUGGGGGCCACGCUCUUCCUGGUGACGGUGGCGGCCGUGACGUGCUUCUGCUACCGGCGCCACUCGCGCGUGCUGGGCGGCGCGGGCGGCGGCCGCAAGAAGGAGCCGCGCGGCGGGCGGCCCGAGUGUUCAGAACUUAUGUACACUGUCCUGCAGGCUGCAGGAUCAAAUACACCCAGCCCCACUACCAACGUAGCUCCUCCUCAAGCUGGCAGCAGCCCAGUUCAAGAGAAUGUCCAAAAAGCAGAUCCUGGUAGUAAGGAACAGGUUGCCUUUCAUACUGAAAACGAAGUGAAAGACAAACCAACUACCCCUUCCAAGGAGGAACUGGAAACAAAUGAAAAGAAUCUGACUAAUACAGAUCCUAAUGAUCGCAAACUAGGCCAAUUAGUAUUCAAACUGAGGCAUGACUAUCAACGAGAUGCAUUGAUAGUCAGUGUAGUGAAGUGCAAUGAUCUUCCAGCAAGUGAUCCAUACGUGAGAAUUCAGAUUCUCCCAGACAAAAAGAAAAAGAAGAACACUCGAGUGUUACGAAAUACUCGCAAUCCUGUUUAUGAUGAAGACAUCACAUUUUAUCAAAUGAAUUAUGAAUGGCUUAAGGAAUCUACCAUUCACUUCCUGGUGAUGAGUUUUGAUAGGUACUCAAGAGAUGAUGUGAUUGGAGAAGUAUUUUGUCCACUUGAUAGUGUGGACUUGACUCAAAUCAAAAAUCAAUCUUUGACAUUCUGCCGAGAAAUCCAACCUCGUAGUCUGAAGACAAAGCUUCUGUGGUGUCGACAGAUACGAUCAACAGGACGUGGUGAGCUGCUAGUCUCUCUUUGCUGGCUACCAUGUGCAAACCGACUCACUGUGGUUGUGCUUAAGGCUCGCAACUUACCUAACAUGGAUGUAACUGGACUGGCUGAUCCCUAUGUCAAAAUAUAUCUGUUGUACAACGAUCACAGAAUAGCAAAGAAGAAGACACAUGUUAAGACUGGAACGCUUAAUCCUGUUUUUAAUGAGUCUUUCACUUUUACCAUUCCACCGGGUGCCGAUGGUCUUGACAAUGUGAGCUUAGAAUUUUUGUUAAUGGACUGGGAUCGAAUCACGAAGAAUGAAGUAAUUGGUAGACUCACCUUGGGAUCAUCCAAAUGCAGUGGCUCUGCCUUGCAUCAUUGGAAUAUUGUAAACAAUUCACCACGUCGUCAAAUUGCAGAUUGGCAUAAAUUAGAAGGCUAAUGCACAUCAAUGAAAAGCUAAGAAAAAGAAAGAUUUAUGUGGACAAGUUAGAAAGCACAAAGAAGACUGACCUUGUUCUGAUUACCACAUAACUCAAUCCUAAGCCAACAUUUCCAAAGCACACUUCUGAAUAUAAUAAUUAGUAAACUAUCAGAAUGCUUUUGUUUUGCUGCAGUGUUUAUUAUUAAGUUGUAAAAUAAUAUGUUCUUAAUAGAUUAAAUGACAACUGUCAUUACCUCUGACAAGUUUUUUUUGCCAUGAAACUCAGCUCUGAAGAUGGCUUCAAGUGACUCAUGCUAUUGUUGUACUGCUUAAACAGGCAUAUCAAAUUACUACCUGAUACAUUCUUGUAAAGUUGUAAAAUUGAAAAUAACUAAUAAAGUAGAAAAUGGCCUUUCUGUACAUUAUUGAGACAAAAAGAAAUUACUUUACAACAUUAUCGAGACAAAGUGAGUCAUCCCAAUAUUGAAAUGUGACAAAUUCGUAAAGACGGUUCCACAUGAGAAGAUCAUGCUCAAUGGUAUUACUUGGGAAUAACAUUGUCAAUGUACCUUCAAUAAAAAAAAAAGCUGACAAGUAACUUUGCAUGACAUUUUUGCAGCCACAGGACACUUUCAGAUAUGGACAUUAAUUUGCAUUCCUGAAAGAUGUUAAAGUACAAUGAGGUACACAACUGAGAAAACAAAUAAAAUUAUAGUAUAUCACUACAUACAUUAUAAAAUACAAUAUUUGCUCAGCCCUAUUUGACAAAUGAAAAACUUGAAAAGAAUGGGCUGAAAACUGUAAAUACUUGCUUGUAUGUAUAUUGUACGUAAUGCACAUAAAUGUUUGUAGGUAAAUUUCUUUUUAGUACAACUGGUUUUGCCCUAUUAUGUAUAUUUUAGAUGAAAUGUAAACUAAGUCAGUUGUUUUCCAAAUGUAUACUACCUGUUUCUUCAAUUUUUUUGGAAAUCAAUUUCUUUAUAUCAUGUAUUUUACCAACAUUACAUUAAAAAAUGAAAAUACUUUGUACAUUUUUAUACUCCCAUUGAAUAUUAGAAAAUAUAAUAAUUUGUUAUCUGCAGAAUUAUUUAGGGGUCCAUGAAGAAAAGAAUAGUAAAAUCAAUUAAUAAUCCAAAGUUGCACAGCAUGCAAUGUGUAAGAGAAGAAACCAUUAAAGUUAGAACAUUCUCUAGCAUCAAAUGAGCCCAUGUGAUUUUUAAUCUUCCAAACACUGAAAGAGAAAGGCAAAAAUAUGUAUUUUGUAUGCACUUUAAUAGAAACUGAAAAAUUAUAAGGAACGAAAGAAAUGCACUGAAUGUAAAAUAAUUGUACAUUAAUAUGGGAUUAUUUUAAUUUCCAUUAUUUAUCAUCACAAUCCAAAAUCUUUAGUUUAUUGUCAAUUAUGAGCUCCUACUUAAACAAUCUUUGACACUUUAAAUUUUAUAAGAUUUCCUUCAUUUUCUUGAACUCUACGGUAUUUGUAUUGUUUAACUAGAGCAUUUGUGCUCAUAUAAUAAAGUUCAUUUUCAAAUUAAUUGGACUUUGUCAGCAAAAUUAUGCUCUUGACUUUCAUUUAGAGUUCCAACUAGUAUGAUAUUAACUGUAUAAUAUUAUGCUUUGUCAUAUAAUAAUCAAAUAGCUGUAAUAGGACCUCAUUAUUCUAAUGUUGACAAAGGCCAAACAUUACAUUUCUAAAUGGAAAAAACCUGGUGCUUCAAUUCUUUAGCUGAUUGAAUUUUCAACUUCUGAUAAUGUAGACUUUGCCAGAAAACUAGAUAAAUUAGUAGAAAAUAUAUAAUAAAUGACUAACAUUCUCAACUAUUAAUGCAUUACGUAAAACAAUUCACAAGAAUAUUCAAUCAAAAUCAUUUCUGAAUUUUUACUGUUUCUAACAUUGUAUAUAAAUAUACAAACAUUUUAUUCCUUAUUUAUUAACAUCUAAGUGAAUAAUCAUACUGGUAACGUUAGGCGUAUCGAUGAAAUACAAAAAUAAAAUUUGUGGAAUGAAAUUAAAGUAAUUUGCAAUAGUUAUUUCAUUGGAGAAAAAAUCACAAUUUUAGACCCAUUUCUUUAUAUGCUUAAAUCUGCUCUGCAGAUUUGUAGCAAUGAUUUCUCAAAAAUAUCAUUUUUGUAUUUUUUAUUUGUGGACAACUUCUUUUUGACAAGCACCAUUUUGGAAAAUAAAGCAACAAAAUGAUAAAACAUCCUCAAUUUUUCAUGAUUUUUUCACCCAAACUUGCUGUGAUAUAAAAAAAAAUUAAAUGUUUUGUUAAUAGUGUGUCUAGAGAAGCAGGAAAAUCUUAAAGUAAAAAAAUAAUUAAAAAAUUGUAACAAUGGAACAAGUACACCACAAACCUAAAUAUGCUUUAUUGUGGAGAAAUAACUUAUUUUAGAAUUAAGACAACGACUCAAUUUAGUUUACAUUUCUUAAUUUAUUAGAAGCUGCUGGUGGGUGCUUAAAUAACUGGCAAGAACUGAAUUGUAUAUUUCUCUGAAAUGACGUCCAUUCCAAAAAAUGACUGAUACACUACAGAAAUAGAGCUGAAGGCAGAGUGAUAGUAUUUGUGUCAAAAUGACAAUGCACUCAUUAGAAAUAAAUUUAGAUAUAAGCCCAACCACACAUAAGCAAUAGGGCUCCAAAAAUUGAAGUGUAUUUGACAGGACUAGGGCUUGUUAGAUUUCGCACCAAGGAUUUGGCCCACAAAAUGUGCAUGUAUAAUUUGUACGUAAUGGCAUUAACACAUAGUUUUUCUGAAAUUUUAUAUAAAUAGUCUCAAUCAUUACACUGAUAAUAUUUAAAUAGGAUUUCGCUCUUAUUUACAAUCAUUGUUGUCCAUUUUCAUGUUUUCAUGUAUAUUUUUAAUAUUUUGUAGUUAUUGCAAACUUUCUUUAGUUGUGGUUCAUGCAAUUAAUUAUUUCUUGAAAACUUUCAGAAAAUUUAUUUUCAAUUAAAUAUCAUCACUAAUGGUACAUGUUCAUAUUGAGAAAGUUUCAGCAUGCUCAGUGUAUCAACAUUACAAAAUGUUAAAUGUACAUACUUUUUGUUUCCAUUAUCUUGGAUAGUUAAUAUUUUCAUUAAAAAAUAUUCAUAUUCAUCAUCUUUGCAUGAAAUGAAUAUGAAUAGUUUUUUCAAUAUUGUAAAUGUUUUAUAGGAAGAGACUGGACUUGUGGUUCCUAUACUCUGCUAUGAAUGGUAUUGAUUACUUCUUCAAACAGAUCAUAGAUCACAUGGGCCCUCAGUAGUUCAAUAGUACAGAGAUAUGUUUAGGAACAUAUUGUUCUCUCUAAAAUGUUUCAUUAUAGAUUAUGGUGACAUGUUAUGAAUACAUAUAUUUAUGUACAUGUAAGUAAGCUGUUUCCCUGGAGAUAUGAACUGUGCUAAGUGUCCCUAAUCUUUGUGAAAUAUGCAAAAAUGAAUUUUGUUUUAUACACAUGCUAUUAAAAUUUUCUGCAAAAAGAUAAGUAGAAAAGGUGUAAAAGAAUUGAAGGAAGAAUGACGUGUAACUUUUUUCGCAUAUUUACUAAUACUGCUUUAAUAAUUCUCUUAUUUUCAUAUAGUUAUGUUGAUCUGAGCGCUUCCUGGUAAUAUUAAUGUUGAAAUUAUGUAUGUUAAUACAUUUUGCCUCAAUAAAUUACAAAAUAAGUGUCUGCCUUUUAAAAGAUAUAUUAAGUAGUACAUUUAAACAACGCAAACAAGUUAAUUUUUUGUGAAUUCAUCUCUUGUAUUUCUCCAUCAUUAAUUAAUACUUUUUAUAAAUAAUGGGGGGUAACAAAGGGUCAGAAACUAUACACCAUUUCAAAUUUUCUUUCUUUUCAUUUUAUUAUUUGACCCACAUAAAAUGUAUGAUGUACAAGAACAUUGAAUGUAACUGAGAAUAAUAUUGUAUGGUUUUCGUCAAAUAAAUAUUCUGGUUCAAAGGACCAAGUUGUACUUGCUUAACGUUUAUGUAUUUAAAAAUAUAAUAAGUAUCAUACUAUACAUAAAAUAAACUCAGUUUCCUUACUUCAGUAACAUGUAUCAUUUUUGUACAGGUGAGGUGGUAUUGCAGGAAAACACAAAAAAAUCAAUAUAUAUUUUUUUCUUUCUUUUGAACCAAUAAGCAAAGGCAUGUGUACAUAAGAAAGUUCAUCUGUGUAUUCUACAUGUAUGUACUGUAAAUAAGAAGACAAGAAAUCUGUUCCCUUUUGUAUCAUUGCUUUCACAAUGCUCAGCAAAAUUGAAAAGUAAAUCAUUUUGUGUUCAGCCUGACUACUAAUAUUUUAAUGGUAAGUUAAUCACUGCUUUUGGGACUUUAGGAGGUAUAAGAAGUAAAUUAAAAUACACUGGUGAAAUUUUAUAAGUACAUCUAUGCAUUAAGAAUAAUGCACUCGUGUAGUUUUCAAAACCAAAUAAUUUUCAGAGAAAUGAGGUACUGAUGAUUCAUUCAGCCUUCAUGUUAUAGUUGUGAUAUUUUGUGUACAUGGAAUAUAAAAUAUAUGUAAACGUGUAAAAUGAAGAAAUAAAUGAUAUUGAGGAAACUUAUUUAUGAUAGUUUACCCUCACUUCAUCGGUACAUUUCUUUUGUAAAGCAAAAAAGGAUUAUAACUCAGAAAUAAUUUGUUUACAGCAUAUUAUUUUACAUUACUUUCAUUUUAUUUUACUUAUUCUACUUCUUGCAACUUUAGAUUUCCAUCAUUGUUGCACCUGUGAAAUCAAAUGCGAUGUAACAAAACUUCAUAAUAGUAUAUGCUAACAAGUGCAAGUUCUGAAGAAAGAGAAUUACAAAGUUCUGUUGCGUCCAUUUGCGUUUUACUUACUAAUACUGUGAAAACCAGAAAACAUUCAUAGUGAAUAAAUAUUAUGUAGUAAGACAUUUGUUACAUUAAAAAACUUUUUAAGAAAUAUUUCAGAACAUACAUAUUGUUUGAGUAGUUCUUAUUUACAUUUUGCUCAAAUCGAGAAUGAUUUAACAGAUGCAGCAAGGAUGUGAAAAUACAGUGUUUAAUCAUAGAGCAAUCUAUAACAUCUGUACUUCAGAUCUGAAUAUACAAAUAACAACAUUUCAGAACAUUUAGGGCCUUUUAUAUUUACAAUAAUGUCUUUGUCGUCUUAUGACUGGAAGGAAAGAAGUAUUAGUUUACACAGAGAUAGUUCAGAAGAACACAUUUUGCAUACAUUUUUUUCUAUUGAAACAACAAUAAACUGACUUGGUUCUAUUUAAAUAAUAUUGUAAUAGAAAUAUUAAUGCAAAAACAAUUGUACUAAAUUCACUGCAAAGCACAAACAAUCCAUAUACACUGAAACAAUAACUAAGGAAAUAGUAGGAUAACUCGAAGUCAGAGAGAAAUUGGUCUCUUUAGCAUUUUAACUGACCAGAAGUGAUUAGGGGAGGACAAUAUAGUUUAUUGGAAUGUAAUAAAAUUAAUUGAAAUCUUCAUCAAAUUUUUAUAGCUAAAAUAUUUACCUAUACAAUUUCACUAAUACUUCAGCAACAACAUUUAUUUUGGUUAUUUUCAGUGAGAUAAAUCAUGUUCACUAUUACCAAUCACAAGAUGACUUGUGUAUGAACUGUAUGUUCUUUUAAAACAAGAAUCCUUUUGAGAAAUCUUUUUUUAUGUAUGGUUUAAGAAAUUCCCAAGUCUUCAAGAUUUAAAAAUCAAACAAACAAAGAUAACGAAGAAAUAUUAAGUAAAAAAUCUUGAAAAUCAAUAAUGCAAAACUAUUAAGAAACAAAACUUAUACAUUCAUUAUUUGAAAGAUAAUGAACCAACUUGUGACAUAAUAGGGUCCAAAGGAAUUCAGUAUCAUUAAUUAUUCAGUAUAUAACAGGUUUGGGAAACAAAGUGAGAAAGAAUCAAUCAUAUUUCUCAUUUUUAAUUUCCCUUCAACCCCUAACUCCUUUUCUGGUCUUAAAAAAUGAAAAUUUAAUCAUUUGAUAACUUCUUUAAAAAUUAACUUUGAUUGGUACAAUAAAUGAAAUAAAUAUAAUUAUAUUUACUACACAUAUCCAAAUUGUAAUAUGAAAACGUCAAAGUUUCCAUUUGAGAAUGUGACUAGCACUAAAUCAAAUAUAACCAAUAAAUAUAUUAAAACACUCUUGAAUUUGAAAGUACUUUUAUAAUAUAAAUACAUAGGGUGAAUAAUGUUGUUACUAUCAAGCUUAUUUGAUAUCUCACUAACUCAAAUCAGAACUAGAGUAGGUUCAGAUUUUCAAUCUAUAAUUUCAUUAAAGGCCUAAAGCAAUUGUUUUUGUCAAAGAUUUUUUCUCUAAACAUAAAAUAUUCACAUUUAAUUUUGAGUAUUUGCUUAGGUGUAAGUAUCUUACAUUAAUAUCUCAAAUACAAUACUACAUCCCAAAUUAGCACUUUGAACCUAAGCUAGUAAACUGUUUCCAGCAAGUGAAUUCAUUGGGAUAAUUGAGAAUAUUACACUACCCAGGUCAUUACUUCACAACGAGUAGGUUAUAACAUCAUUAUUGGUAAUCAGUGUAAUGGUUGAUAUAAUAUUUGCUUUUAAUAGUGUCUUUCUUUCUAGUCUCCAAUAUUUGACUGACCCAAAUAAUUUGUAGUGUUGAUAAUGAAUCACAACUUUCAAGACAGAUACAAUGGUCAUGAAAAAUCAUUUCUUAAAUCCUUUUUGUAAACAAAAAUUUAAAAUAAUUGUUUAUAAUUAAAGAAAAUUAAUUUGUGAGUAAUUAUGUAACAUAAAAUAUGAAAUGAGAAAUCAUGGUGAAUUUAAUUACUAUUCAACAAAUCUGAAUUAUUUUUGGUAGUUCUAGUAGAAAUAAAAUUUAAAUUUAAAUAAUCACUCUAAUUAACACAAAUAACUCUUCAGAAAUCGUAAUACUGAAGCCAGUUGACAAUGCCUGCCUAAUAAGAGUAUUGGAAUGAAAAUCAAAUUUUAACAUAUUGGAUAAUAGAGAUGUUCUUUGAUCAAAAUUUUAUUGCAUUGACAGAAAUAUGUAAGAAAUAUUUACAAAGUAUUUUUGUGUGGCCUGCCACACGUCACCUUCUUUCACAGCUGUUUGAUCAAAACACUAUAUACACACACAAUUACAUUUGUCACAAAUUUACAAAUUUUCAAUCUGCUGGACUACUCAGUACAACAGGAUUCUCAGAAUGUUACAUGUUUUUGUGUUUGUACCAUAAAUUCCAAUAUACGUGGAAGAAUAUAUAUUGUAAAAUGAUACUAUUUUACAAUGAAGUGUAUGCAUUCCAUGAUGUGCAUGAAAUAUAAUUUGGUUUCAGAGUUGACACAGUGUAUUCCAUUUUUAUUUGAACACAAUUCCAUAAAUUCCCAAGAUGUCCAACCAUGGAAAUCUUCCUUUCCAUCUCUCUCAGGUGACUGAUUCUCAGUACCACAUUAAAAUUAAUCUUAUUAUGACUGAGGUAUGUAAUUUCUCCCUUUGCAUAUUCUUGAUUUUAUUUAUAAGAGUUCUUUUUAAUGCACAUAAACACACUACGUUUCCCCACACUACUUUCACUUGUACAGUCAUACUAAAGUUGAGAGUUCAUGGGGUGCUGUGGCAGUGGUCACUGAACUCAAGUCUAAUGUCGCAGGGGGCAUUCCUGGACUAACACUUCCACUAGCUUCACGAGGAUGGCAUGCACUUUUAUUCAGUUCUGUUGGUGUUGGUGGAGUUGGUUGCCUCAUCACUUGCUGCUGUUGUUGAGCAAGUGCUCUAACGGCAUUUGUCUUUUCCCUUUGCCACACAAAGACAUUAUGCACCAUGGCACAGCCGCAGAAUAUUAUCCCCAGUCCAAUGAACACACUUGUAACAAUGGCUGGAGUAGAAUGAAACUGUAUGAAGGUGUACAAAAUGAUCCCUGUGAGGAAAACGGGAAUAGAAACGAAGAAUCCACCAACAGCGCACACUCGGGUGAUGGAAGACUUUUGCAGGUACUUGUUCGUCCUGU